AGAUUCUGCUAUUACUGUAGUUAUUGGGAAACAUGGUGUUAUUAAUUAUCUGUCUCAUAUGUGGAGGUCUCCAACUCAACCCAAAAAGCCAAGCUUUAUCAACAUACUCUCUUUUCCGGAAGCUUGUGAAUCACUCAAAAAAGGGUUCAUGGUGAAGAAGUUGCGGAGGAAGUUAGAGGGAAGCAGUAAUCUGCAAGAUGAUGAAGAAUGUGAAUUUGAACUUGAAGUUCCUCCUGGAUCAGUACUACUAUUUCCUUCCGAAACAGCUGUGGAUAUCACUGACCUUGAUGCUAUUGAUUUUGAGAUAAAGAAUUUGAUUGUCUUAGAUGGAACAUGGGCUAAGGCAAAAAGAGUUUACAGUGAAAAUCCCUGGCUGAACAUUUUGCCCCAUAUAAAGCUGAAGGUGAACAAGAUGAGCUUGUAUAAUGAAGUAAGGCGUGAGCCUAAAGAUGGCUACUUGUCCACCAUUGAGAGCAUUGUCCAUGUCUUGAAGGCAUUGGGGGAGAAUCAUGAGGGCCUGGAAAAUCUUUUGGAUGCUUUUGAAUCCAUGGUUGGAUAUCAAAGGCGGUUUAAAGAGGAGAGGCUCACCAAACGAUCCUAAGUUUGAAACCUACCUUUCUCAGAGGCACGCAGAUAUACGAGACAAGCAAAAUAUA